UUUAUCCUUUUAGAUUAUCUGUAUUUGAGGCCAUGUAAUGUUUAACAGAGGAAAACAGCAGUAAAGCAACAAGAGCAAAAUCCAUGCAAGAGCAGGACCCUUCUGAAUGCAAUUAGCAGAAAAGUAUGAUGAAGGCCAUCCUCCUGCUAUGCUCACUGCUGGCCAUCCUUUACCCUGCAGUACCCAGUGUGAGACAGACUGACCACCACAAUGAAGAGCCCAGAGCAACUCACCUUCAUGAGCAGCAUCCUCAUGAGGAAGAUUCUCUUGCUUUCUGCAAGCAUAUAAUCCCCAGCAACACGGACUUUGCCUUCAGGUUUUACAGGCAAGCAACUGUCCAAGCACCUGGCAUGAAUAUUUUCUUCUCCCCAGUCAGUGUCUCUGCUGCCCUUGCCCUGCUGGCCCUGGGCUCCAGAGCUACAACCCAGGCUCAGCUGCUGGAGGGGCUGGCCUUUAAUCUCACCAGCAACAGGGAGGAGGAGAUACACCUUGGCUUUCACCAUCUUCUUCUCCUGCUGAACCGUCCUGGCAGCCAGGUGGAGCUGAGCAUGGGAAAUACCUUGUUCAUGGACAAACACCUGAAGCCACUGACAACAUUUCUGAAGGACAUGAAAAAUCUGUACAAGGGGGAAAUUAUUUCUAGUAACUUUCAGAAUUCCACUGAGGCUAAAAAAGAGAUCAAUGAUCAUAUAAAAAACAAAACACAUGGGAAGAUAAAUCAAAUACUUAAGGACCUCGAUCCAAACUCUUUAAUGGUACUUGUUAACUAUAUUUAUUUCAAAGCCUACUGGGAAAAUCCUUUCAAUAUGAAAGGGACUCACAAGGAUUAUUUCUAUGUGAAUGAAAAGACUUUGGUUGAAGUGAAGAUGAUGAUUCGAGAUAGCUUUUAUGACAUAUAUUCUGACAAGAAGCUGUCAUGCAAGGUGGUGAGGAUUCCUUACAAGGGAAAUGUUUCAGCACUGUUUAUCCUGCCCAAUGAAGGAAAAAUGAAAAGGCUGGAGGAUGGUCUGAUGAAAGACACAGUGUCUAAAUGGGAAAAAUCACUUGAAAGACGGAGGAUGGAAGUGCAUAUUCCAAAAGUAUCCAUUUCUGGCACCUAUGACUUAAAGAAGAUGGUCAUGAAUCUGGGUAUAACAGAUGUGUUUUCCGACCAGGCUGAUCUGUCUGGAAUCAUAGGAAAGUUCAACCUGAAGGUUUCAAGAGCUAUUCACAAGGGUCUGCUGAAAAUUCAUGAGAAUGGCACAGAGGCUGCAGCAGUCACUGGCACAGAGUUUGCUCCUCAUUCUGUUCCUCCUGUUAUAAAGUUCAACCGUCCAUUUUUGCUGUUGAUUGUUGAUCAAUACACUGAAAGUAUCCUCUUCAUAGGAAAAAUUGUAAACCCACUGAAAAAUGGUUGAUCAUGUGGCAGGUCUAACUGAUUUGAAUAGCACUUUAAGCAUUUAUAGUCUGAUGUAAUUAAAAUUAUUUUAAAUCUUUUAGUAA